AUGGAUCUCAACUCAACCCGCACCACGGCGGGGCCGCUGUCGACCUCAGAUACAGCUAUGUUGGAAGCUAUCGUUCCUGGCUUCGGUCUUAUUUCGCGAUUCUUGAUGUCGUAUCUCAACUUUGACAUUACCGCCUACUUUCAGCUGAUGAUCGCAUUCACCGUCUUUGGUGCAGGCUUCCGCUACGUCUUCUACUUCAUCUGGGAGCGGUUCAGCGAUUUCUUCAUCUCGAGGGCUGAAAUUCGCCUGGACGAUGAGAUUUUCAAUUAUCUCAUGUACUGGGUUUCGCGUCAGCCCCAGAUGAGACGGGCGAAUCGCUUUGUGGCCGGCAUCAAGUCAAACGGGUACAUCAGCGACGACGAAGACAGCGACAAUGAAGAUGCAGAUGAUACGGAAGACCUGUUCGACUUGGAUACUGGAAACGCUGUCGCUACAAACGAGAAUACAUUUGACACCUACUGGGCCAAAGUCCUCAGCCGCGACAAGUACAAAACGUUACAAUUCACACCCGCCGAAGGUUCUCACUACUUCUGGUAUAAAAACCGCCCUAUGAUGCUCACGCGCGCCAAUAAAGAAGGCGGUUCACGUUAUGUUCUGAACAACGAGCGCUUGUACCUUUCAUGCUUAGGUCGCAACCCCACAAUCCUUAAGUCACUCUUGAUUGAAGCGCAGCAGGCGUACGUUGAACGUGACGGCAACAUGACUGUCAUCUAUCGUGGUGGGCGGCAUUAUCCUGGAAGCUCCUACUAUUGGCUCCGCUGUAUGGCCCGUGUGCCACGUCCUUUGUCAACGGUCAUUCUCGAUCAGACUCAAAAGGAUGACUUCGUUGAUGACAUCAAGGAGUAUCUGCACCCUCGGACACGUCGCUGGUACUCAAACCGCGGUAUCCCGUACCGUCGAGGAUAUCUCCUCCACGGCCCUCCUGGAACUGGCAAAACCAGUCUUUGCUUUGCUGCAGCGGGACUUCUUGGAUUGAAGCUUUACCUCCUAGAUCUGAACUCUACAUCUUUGGACGAGGAGAGUCUGUCUUCUUUGUUUUCCGAUCUCCCGCGUCGAUGCAUUGUUCUACUUGAAGACGUUGACUCUGCUGGUAUCACAAAGACUCGAGGAAUAACUGCAACGGUCGAGCCCCCAGCAAGUGAGGAUCUUGCCGAUGAAGGCAAGGGUGCCGUUGACGUCAAACCCGUUGCCGAAGAAACCAAAAAGGGCGGCAUCACCCUAUCAGGACUUUUGAAUGUCAUUGAUGGUGUCGCCGCUACGGAAGGCCGAAUCUUAGUCAUGACUACCAACCACGCGGAUAAGCUGGAUCCAGCUCUGCUGCGCCCUGGUCGUGUUGAUAUGACUAUCACAUUUGGCUACACGAGUGAAGCAGACAUUAUAGAGCUAUUUACCUCUAUCUAUGUCACGAUGGAGGGUGAUCUAGCCCGUGAUCAAAUACUGUCCACUAUCACCCACGGCUUGCCCAAGCAGGCAGCCAGCAACAAAUCUACUGGACUAUCGAAUGGCAAGGCCGAGGCCAACGAGAAGCUCAACGGAGCUGUCGCUGUUAGCUCAAGAGAUGAAAAAGCAGAAUUCCAAGCUCGACUUCAAGCGCUUCGAUUGCGCAUUUCUGGCUUGGCUGCCGAGUUCGCCGCGGUCGUUCCGGCUGGAAAGUUCACGGCUGCCGAGAUCCAAGGCUACCUUCUGAAUCACAAGGAAACUCCUGCAACGGCUAUUGAGGGUGCAGCAGAAUGGGUCAAGACUUCGCUUGAAAAAAAGGGUGCUCGAGAUGAGAAGGAGAGUUUCUCCUAG